AUGCCUGAUGUGACUCUAGAAACGGCCACAUUCGAGGAAACACUGUUUAGUGAGCUCAAUCAGGCUGAGCGAGAAGAGUUGGCGCAAUUCCCGAUACACCUCUCUUUCCACGGCAUGCCUAUCAGGCUAGAGCGGCUGUUCAUCGACAGCCCAGACAAGAAAGCGACAUACCUGACUAUAGCACCGUUCGGCUUCAAGAGCAGCUCAAGUAAGCGACAUCCCCAUUAUCUCACAAUGCGUCUCGACGAAGAAGGCCAAGAUGAGGAUUGGGCUGAGAAACUUCUCGGUUUACCCCAUCACUUCUUAGGCGCCUACGUCAACAGCGAAACGGAAGAUCUUACGUGUGCCCAUAUCAAGCCUAUACAGGCGAACGAAAUUGAAGCUGGGUUUCGCUUUGAAAUUGGGAGGGCAUUCGGUAUUAUCGGUAUGCAUCUGGAAUAUGUGUAUCACUCAAGAGUCUUUUUCCGAGAUGCUCGCAAGAAGAAUUGGAUCUUCAAGUUGGACCAAAUCACAUUCGUGGGAUAA